UGUAAUUCUAAUUGAGUUGUAUUUUUUCAUGUAACCAAGAUAUGUCAAUUUUGUACAGUUUUUGAACAUUUAAGUGUGAAAAAGGUGUGACAAGAUGGUUUUAGCCGAUUUGGGCAGAAAAAUAACCACUGCUUUGCAGUCUUUGAGCAAAGCAACGGUUAUUAAUGAAGAGGUUCUAAAUGGAAUGCUAAAAGAGAUAUGUUCCGCUUUAUUGGAGGCUGAUGUAAAUAUACGUCUUGUGAAAAAAUUACGAGAAAAUGUUCGAUCUGUUAUUGAUUUCGAGGAUAUGGCUGGUGGACUCAAUAAACGGCGAAUGAUCCAAAGUGCUGUGUUCAAGGAACUCAUUAAAUUAGUUGAUCCAGGUGUGAAACCAUAUCAACCAGUAAAAGGUCGACCAAACGUAAUCAUGUUUGUUGGUCUACAAGGUUCAGGAAAAACAACAACCUGUACAAAAUUAGCAUAUUAUUAUCAAAAGAAAAAUUGGAAAGCAUGUUUAGUUUGUGCUGAUACAUUUCGUGCUGGCGCUUACGAUCAAGUCAAACAGAAUUGUACAAAAGCACGUAUACCAUUUUAUGGUAGUUACACGGAAGUAGAUCCAGUUGUUAUCGCUCAAGAUGGUGUUGAUAUGUUUAAAAAAGAGGGCUUUGAAUUUAUUAUUGUUGAUACAAGUGGUCGUCACAAACAAGAGGAAUCUUUAUUCGAGGAGAUGUUGGCAGUUUCUAAUGCAAUUAAACCUGAUAAUAUUAUUUUCGUAAUGGACGCAACGAUUGGUCAAGCUUGUGAAGCGCAAGCCUUAGCUUUUAAAGAUAAAGUAGAUAUUGGUUCUGUAAUUAUCACAAAAUUGGAUGGACAUGCAAAAGGUGGUGGUGCUCUCAGUGCUGUGGCAGCGACACAAAGUCCAAUCAUCUUUAUCGGUACCGGUGAACACAUUGACGAUUUAGAACCAUUCAAAACAAAACCGUUCGUUAGUAAAUUGUUAGGUAUGGGUGAUAUUGAAGGUUUAAUUGACAAAGUAAAUGAAUUAAAUUUAGAUGAUAACGAGGAAUUAUUAGAGAAAAUAAAACAUGGACAAUUUACAUUAGGUGAUAUGUACGAACAAUUUCAGAAUAUUAUGAAAAUGGGACCUUUCUCACAAAUUAUGGGUAUGAUUCCUGGUUUUAGUCAAGAUUUUAUGACAAAAGGAAGUGAACAAGCUUCCAUGGCUGGUUUAAAGAAAUUAAUGACAAUUAUGGAUAGUAUGAAUGAAGGUGAAUUGAAUAAUAGAGACGGAGCGAAAUUAUUUGGUAAACAACCAGGACGUGUGACACGAGUAGCUCAAGGUGCUGGUGUAUCUGAAAAAGAAGUCAAAGAUCUAGUUACACAGUAUACUAAGUUUGCUGCAGUUGUCAAGAAAAUGGGUGGAAUUAAAGGUUUAUUCAAAGGUGGCGAUAUGACAAAGAACGUAAACUCUACACAAAUGGCAAAAUUAAAUCAACAAAUGGCUAAAAUGAUGGACCCACGUGUAUUACAACAGAUGGGCGGUAUGUCUGGAUUACAAAAUAUGAUGCGACAAUUACAAGCUGGCAGUACGGGUGGUUUAGGAAAUUUAUUAAGUGGAUUUAGUGGCAAAUAAUAUUUAUAUAAAUUAUACAUACUUUGUGUGUUUUAGUUUUUCUUAAAAUUGUAAAUUUUCCGUGAAAUUGUAUGUAUUAGAUGAGAAUCACUCUAUAAAUUAUUACGUGAUUUUUUAAAACAAAAUAUUUUCAUAUUCCUGUUUUCUAUUCGUUUCAAAUUCAAGAUAAAUU